GGUCACAUAGAAGGUAAGAUAUAAAUGCAGUGAAUAACAGGUCACUCACAUCCAGUCUGGUCCUAGGAAGGCCUGAGCCAGCCAAAAGAUGAUUGGCCUGAUUGUUUUCAUGAUCCUGGGCGCUGCAGCUGCAGCCCCUAUGGAUGAUAAGAUUGUGGGAGGCUACGAGUGUCCAGCUCACUCUCAACCCUGGCAAGCUUCCCUCAAUAUCGGCUACCACUUUUGUGGCGGCUCCCUUAUUAACGACCAGUGGAUCGUUUCUGCUGCCCACUGCUGGCAAAACCCCUAUUCUCAGAUUGUCAUUUUGGGUGACCAUCACAUCUGGAAUCAUGAGGGCACAGAGCAGUUCAUGUCAGUUGACGCCAUCUACUGGCAUGAGAGUUAUGAUUACCAGACCCUAGACUAUGACAUCAUGCUGAUGAAACUGGCACACCCUGUCACUGUGAACCAGUAUGUCAAGCCUAUUGCUCUGCCCAAAGCCUGUCCCACAGCUGGGGAUAUGUGCACAGUGUCUGGAUGGGGGAACAUCUACUCUGAUGAAGUGUUCAACCCAUUUCAGCUACAGUGCGUAGAAGUCCCCAUUCUGUCUGAUAAGGACUGUGAAAACUCCUACCCUGGCAGGAUUACUGACCGCAUGGUGUGUGCCGGAUACCUGGAGGGGGGCAAGGAUGCUUGUCAGGGUGACUCUGGUGGCCCACUGGUGUGUAAUGCGGAGCUGCAGGGAAUUGUCUCUUGGGGCUGGGGCUGUGCUGAGCCUGACCGUCCAGGUGUUUACACCAAAGUCUGUUCUCUGAUGUCCUGGAUCAAUGACAUUCUUUCCAGAUACAGCUAGACUGUGAUCUCCCAUCACAGAACUACAUGAGAGAGGGGGAACCAGAGAGACUGAAAUUGAAGGAGACAGAGACCGGAGGUGGUUGUGUGUAGUGUCAGAAAGAAGAGCAGCAGGAGGGUGGCCAAAAGAGAGUCACAAGGAGAAACUGAUGCGAGGGGAAUAAAAUCGACUUUUUUGUGAUGCA